AUGAAGCCAGCUAGCGUGCAGCAGGCAAAACAGCCUUGUGCUAACAUAGGAAGGAAAAAAAUAAGGGGUGGGGAUGGCGGUGGCCGCGGCUGCUUUGAACAUAAGCCACUCAUGGCAAACGGUGUUGGAGGAGGGAGGAGAAAGUCUGAAAGGUCGGCUUAUAGUAUUUUGAACUAUAGACCGCGAGCAGCUUGGUCUAUUUAA